CAACAUUUCCAUCAACAUUUUCAUCAACAUUCUCACAAACAUCGUCAAAGACAUCGAACACGCUUCCACAACUUUCGACACCAUGCGAUUCAACAUUUUGCCAAUGGUCGCUAUCGCGGCAACUUUACCAAGCGUUUCUCUAUCUGCGCCGACUGAUUCCGUUGGCAUCUCUGCCCGCGACAACACCGCUGCUAUAAUUGGCACCUGGGAUGAUAAGCAAUGUGGCAUCUCGAAAGUAGAUGACAGCGUCGCUGUCCCUGAUAACCGCCCCACCGGUAAUUGCAAGGAGUUGCGUGGGAACAGUAUGCAGGUCUUCUGGGUCAAGAAGGGAUGCGUAGUUUUGCUUUUUAAGAACAGAGGCUGUAAGACGGACCCAACGCCCGCAACCUCGCUGGCGAAUGGCUGGAAUCAAUGUUUUGAUAAUAGUCGAUAUGUGAGCUGGACAACAUAUUGUGCGUAGGUUAUUGGAUAAGGUACUACUGGUAGAUCAAUGGACGGGGUACUGUUGGUAGAGUGUUGUAAUGUGGUUUUGGGGACGGGAUCUGUAGAUCGCUUAAUCAUGGCAUAAUCUAGACGGGCUAUUGAAGACUUUGUGGAAAAUGCUAGCUGGGCACGUGAGAUAGACCUCGCUAAGGACAUGUUCGGUUUCGCGUUAUGCGCCUGCAUCUUUUAUGCCUACUUGCGUGUAGAGCUCAGCAGGAAAACCUUGCUAGUGUCGUGGCUGGACCUUCCCGAACUUCUAUAGGUCACGAAGGGGUG